GUCACACUUCACCCCACUUCACCAAACACUUCCAAAAAAAAGUCUUACGGCCGGCAAGGAUCCGUUGAGAUGGGAUUGUGGAGUUUGUCAGCUGUAAUAACUAUCCUUUAAACCGUAAUCGGCGUUUGAAGUGUUAACUCUGUGGGCUUUGAUAUGAUCGACACUUAUUUCUCACCGUUAUAUCUGUUUGACUAACAGUCAAGCAGUAAAAAGGAAGCAGGAGAGGAAAAGGGACAGACUGCGCACCGCUGGCCCACUAAACACACACGGCAACAUUAGUUAAAGGGGCACGAUUGUUUAUCAACCUACAAAAUAGCCACAGUAUCUCAUUUAUAUUAGUGUAAAGACAAAUCAGAGAACCCCAAGACUAUGUGAAGUCUGGACUGGUUGUGUAGUUGGAUAUUAAGGUUUGUUUUUCGUGCUAAAGAAUUGUUUUGUGUGCUUGUGCUGAUCGAUCACAUAUAUAAUCGCUUCACUGACGUGAUCGAUCAUGGCCACAGAUGUCAUAGUGUCUGAAGAAGUCUCAAACCAGACAGACCCAAAAGAUAUGAACGCCAACAAAGGUAAUCCCGAAUCAGACACACCCAAUCGGACAUCCGAGACGCUGGACAACAGAAAUAUAAGUAGCCCUUUAUCACCAUUGUCGUCGGUUCAUUCUGGAGAAGAAAUAUCUGAGGACUCCUCAACAGGGAAUUUACUGCAGAAUGGAAACAGUCCGAUCAUAACAGGAGAUCCGCCACAGGAAGCAGCAACUCCAGACAAUGGACAAAAACAAGCGUCGACAAGCGUAAGGACUUCAACUCCAGUCCGACUGCAGCCGACACUCUCUUCUUCAGUUGAACACAAUGGAAGUUUUGAGCACCAGGAGUCGGUAGCUACAACAGAGGCGCGGCUGAGAAUGGAAGGGGUGGAGCUAAAGGAGGAGUGGCAAGAUGAGGACUUUCCCAGGCCACUCCCUGAGGAGGAAGAUAUUCAGCUUGAUGAAGAGCUCUUCUCUAGAUCUGCUGAUGGAGCACCUGCUCCGCAAUCUUAUGGACUGAACAGUGCUAAGAAAACCAAAAAGAAACUUUUGGCCCCGGACAUCAGCCUGAAUCUGGACCACAGUGAGGGAUCGGUCCUUUCAGACGAGCUGGAUGACAGUACAGAACUGGACCUGGAUGGUAUAGACACCCCCUCCGACAACAGCAACGAGUUUGAGUGGGAAGAUGACCUCCCAAAGCCUAAAAGCACAGAGUUGCUGUGUAAAGGAGUGGAGUCGGUGCGGGAGUACUCCAGCCCUGAGGAACGGGAGGAGGGCCGUCGCUGGAGAGUAUUCCGCAUCGGAGACCAGGACCACAAAGUGGACAUGAAGGCCAUCGAGCCCUACAAGAGAGUUAUCAGUCACGGAGGUUACUAUGGUGAUGGACUGAAUGCUAUCAUCAUCUUUGCCGUUUGCUUCAUGCCUGAGAGUAAUCAACCAAAUUACAGAUACAUCAUGGAUAAUCUUUUCAAGUAUGUCAUAGGAACUCUAGAGAUGCUUGUAGCUGAGAACUAUUUGAUUGUAUAUCUGAAUGGAGCCACUUCACGCCGGAAGAUGCCCAGUGUGGGCUGGCUCAGGAAGUGCUAUCAGCAAAUCGAUCGGAGGUUAAGGAAGAAUUUGAAGUCUUUGAUAAUUGUGCACCCAUCCUGGUUUAUUCGCACCCUCCUGGCCCUCACAAAACCUUUUAUAAGCUCAAAAUUUAGCCAGAAAAUCAAGUAUGUGUACAGCCUAUCAGACUUGGCUGAGCUUGUCCCCAUGGAGUAUGUUUCCAUACCAGAGUGCAUUAAACAGUUUGACGAGGAAAAAACUAGGAAAAAACGUAAAAGGAUUGACCAGGACAUGCAAGGAAAAGUGGAGAUUCCCACGGCUACAGUGCCAGAGUGAGCUGGAGGAAUAAAUGAAUGUGUCGGAUUUUAACUGGAGAACGCAAGAUCUUGAUGUCAAAAAAGUGCCUUUAAGGCCGUCACUGCCUAUUACAUUAUGGAACCGUUUUUUUUUUUUUUUUUUUUUUUUUCUCACAAUGUUGUGUUUGUGUGCCAAACGCCUGUCAGAUGGCAUCUGAUUUCUGUGCGUCAAGUGUUUUAAUAACCUUUUAUGUAUCAUUUCAAUAAGUAGAUCCUGUCAACAUUGUUCUAGAUCCUAUUGUAUCUUGCUCAUAGUUAAGGCACUCCGUUUUUUUGGACUAGUUGUUGCAUGUUCUACAUUUACAUUUAAAUAUCUAUAUUUAUAUUCAAAAGGUGAUAAAGGAGAAAGAUUAAUAUAUUUUUAUGAUUGAAUUGUUAUUUUUAGUGCCUCAGUCCUGCCUUGUUUGUUAUCUGCUCACUAAACGUCUCAUAUAACAUAAGAUUCAAACUUGAUUCAAAGACAAAACGAUCGAGGAAACUAUUGCAUAUUCAUUAAAUGGUUUGGGAGGGUGGGGUUCUUGUAUGUUACAUUCUUGCAAGUAAACUUCCACACAUUGUCA